GGCCCCUCCCCGCCGCUCAAUCUCUUGGGAAGUGUCACUGCUACUCCGGACAGCGGCCCCGGAGGACGGCUGUCAGAAUGAAAAUGCAGCUCUUGGGGUUGAUGGUCUAUUUGGUCCUUGGGACACUGCAUUUUGAGGGGUCCAGAGGGAAACGGGCAGCUGUGGAUCCUGAGGCAAACAUGAAUGUGAGUGAAAUUAUCUCUCACUGGGGGUUCCCUAGUGAGGAACACCUAGUGGAGACAGAAGAUGGAUAUAUUCUGUGCCUUCACCGAAUACCUCAUGGGAGGAAGAACCAUUCUGACAAAGGUCCCAAACCAGCUGUCUAUCUGCAGCAUGGCUUGCUGGCAGAUUCCAGUAACUGGGUCACAAACCUUGCCAACAGCAGCCUGGGCUUCAUUCUUGCUGAUGCUGGUUUUGACGUGUGGAUGGGGAACAGCAGAGGAAACACCUGGUCUCGGAAACACAAGACCCUUACGGUUUCUCAGGAUGAGUUCUGGGCUUUCAGUUAUGAUGAGAUGGCAAAAUACGACCUACCAGCUUCAGUUAACUUCAUUCUGAAUAAAACUGGUCAAGAACAAUUGUAUUAUGUGGGUCAUUCUCAAGGCACCACCAUUGGUUUCAUAGCAUUUUCACAGAUCCCUGAGCUGGCCAAAAAGAUUAAAUUGUUUUUUGCUUUGGCUCCUGUGGCUUCAUUGGCUUUCUCUACUAGCCCUAUGGCCAAAUUGGGACGAUUUCCAGAUCUUCUUGUUAAGGACUUAUUUGGGGACAAGGAUUUUCUUCCACAGAGUACAUUUUUGAAGUGGCUGGGGACCCACAUUUGCACUCAUGUCAUUCUGAAGGAGCUUUGUGGAAAUCUCUUUUUCGUUCUCUGUGGAUUUAAUGAGAGAAAUUUAAAUAUGUCCAGAGUGGAUGUAUAUACAACGCAUUGUCCUGCUGGAACUUCUGUGCAGAACAUGUUACACUGGAGCCAGACUGUUAAAUUUCAAAAGUUGCAAGCCUUUGACUGGGGAAGCAGUGCCAAGAAUUACUUUCAUUACAACCAGAGUUACCCUCCCACGUACAACGUGAAAGACAUGCUGGUGCCCACCGUGGUCUGGAGUGGUGGUCAGGACUGGCUCGCUGACGUCAACGACGUCAAUAUCUUGCUGACUCAGAUCACCAACUUGGUGUACCACAAGCACAUUCCCAAGUGGGAGCAUCUCGACUUUAUCUGGGGCCUGGAUGCCCCUUGGCAAAUGUAUAAUGAAAUUAUUAAUCUAAUGAGGAAAUAUCAGUGAAAGCCAAUUGGGAAAUGUACCAAUGGGUCAGUGAUUCAGUCUUACGAAAGAGAAUGUGUUUGCUUAAUUUCUGUAAAACAUUUGUUUUCUUUUUCUUAAGUCUUUUGUAUUUUUAUAUCCAAGAAAAUUAUGAUGUUGAAAAUGCCCAGAUGUUUCUAGUUAGAAUUAGAAACACACUCGCUAUUUUUUGUUUAAUUAUGGCUGGAUGUAAAGCUAGUGUCUCAACCAUAGAGUUGUAUGUAAGUUUUUAAAAAAUAUUGCUGAUAUGUGAAAAAGUCAUUAUAACCAUUCUGCUUAUCCUUAAAAUGUACUGUAUUGACUUUUUACCCACACAUGGGUCAAAUUAAUACCCCUAAACAUUUUUAAAUUGGAUCAUUCACUGGUAAAAAUCUGUCUCUGACUUGAGCUCAGUAUAAAGGUACCCAGUUGUAUCUUUUUGCUCUCCAGUCUAAUGGUCCUGCAUCUAGGGAUCUAAGUGACAUUUUUUUUUUCAUGCAGUAGGUUCAUAGUCAAAGCCAGUCAUAUCUCAGCUGUGCCAAUAGUAAAAGAUUCCGUGAUGAAUUUUGUCAAAACUAACUGUGACAACUAUUAUUAAGCACAUGUUUAAGCUGCUCAGGCCAAGCAAAAUAAUUUGCUGGAAUUUUCAAAAACAAAUAGCACUGAUUUUUUAAAAAAGAAACUGUUUCUUAAAUAGCUUGAAGAACAUAUGGAUUUGGGUGGAUGGGAGACACAAUUCAGUUCAUAGCACUAACGUUUUGGGAGAAAGACUAACAGAGGUGCCACCUUAUAAGACCAAACAGAUUUCACACAUUUCCCCUAAUUCUUUAAGCUUGCUUUAUAUUUUGAUCUAAGAGACAAAAUUGACUUCUUUCAAGACAACAUUCAUAGAAUAAAUGGCAUUUUAAAGGUAAACAUCUAGGAGCAGAAUUGCUGGGUCGUGUAGUAGCAACGUGGUUGGAACUGAGGGCCAGUAUCCUAUAUGAAGUAUCUCAAGAACGUAAAAACACCACAUAUAGCGGCGCCCGGACCUCUGUAAGAGCUGUGCAUGAUCAGCGAUUGGCACCCGGACUUCCAUAAGAGCUGUGCACGAUCAGCAAUCUGCGUCCGGACCUCCAUAAGAUCUGCGCCGCGAUCAGCAAUCUGCCCCUGCCCAGACACUGGUAAGAGCUGCGCCUGCCGGGCCUUCGCAUGCCCUGACCAGGAACUGCGGGAGCUGCGCAACCCUGCAUACUCCCUCCUGUACCCUUCCUGCCUCCACACCGGCCUGCUCGUCUGGCCAGGGACUCUGGUAGCCACAUGCCCUCCGGAGCCCUCCUGCCUCUGCGUGGAGCCCUUCUCCUAGCCAGAGACUGCUGGAGCCUUGGGAUCUCUGUGCCAGUCACUGGGCACCAGGCACUCCCAGAACUGUGGGCACCACCUCCCGCCCUGUUGCUGAAUCUGGGUGUGUCACGCUCCGGAACUGCUCCCACAACCAAAAUUCCCUGGCUGGGGCAGCCCCAGAGGAGCUACACAGGGUUGCUCCCUACAAAGAUCCAGCAACAAUAGAGUGAUCCUGCUGGGGUCUAAUCUUGGAGAGGCACCUCCCCAACUCUGAGGACAGUAGAGGCAAUGGUGAAAAAACAAUCAUGAGGCAAAAUCAAUGGAUAAACUCUGGCAAUAUGAAUAAUCAGAGUAGAUCAACUCCCCCAAGGAUCAAUGAGGCAGACACAGCACAAGAUCCCAUGCACAACAAAUAGCUGAGAUGUCAGAAAUCGAAUUCAGAAUCUGGAUAGCAAAUAAGAUCAAACUAGAAUUCCAAGCAGUAACCCAAAAGAUAUCUCAAGAAUUCAUGGAAUUCAAAGACUAAAUGACCAAAGAUUUCUGAAACAUUGAGACAAGAAGUUGCAGCCCUCAAAGAUCUGAGAAACACAGUCAAAUCCCUCAAUAACAAAAUGGAGUAAGCAGAAGAAAGGAUUUCUGACAUUGAAGACAAAGCUUUUGAAUGCUCCCAAAGUCUCAAAGAGGAAGAGAAAUGGAGGGCAAAAACAGACCACUCUCUCAGAGAGCUGUGGGAUAAUUUGAAGAAAACCAAUAUUCAUCUUAUAGGGAUCCCCGAAAGUGAUGAAGUGGCUUCACAAGGCACAGAGUCUCUUCUCCAUGAGAUUAUGAAGGAGAACAUUCCAGACAUGCCAAGAGAUUCUGAAUUUCAGGUAGCUGACAGUCUCAGAACUCCAGCAGGACUCAACCUGAAUAAGAUAUCCCCCAGACACAUCAUAGUCAAUUUCACUAAAGUUAAUAUGAAGGAGAAAAUUCUGAAAGCAGCCAGAUGAAAGAAAACCAUUACCUACAAGGAGAAGAAUAUUAGAAUAACUGCAGAUCUCUCUGCUGAAACCUUUCAAGCUAGAAGAGAAUGCUCAUUGACUUUUAAUCUCCUAAAACAAAAUAACUUUCAACCCAGGAUCCUGUACCCAGCUAAACUGAGUUUCAUUUAUGAUGGAGAAAUUAAAUACGUUAAGGACAUUCACAUCUUGAAGAAAUUUGCCAUAACUAAACCAGCUCUCCAGGAUAUUCUCAGACCUAUCCUCCAUAAA